UGCUGGGCGGGCGGUGUUACGUAGUACAAGUACGUACGAAAUGUUGUGUGGAAGUAUGUGGUGGACUUUUUGAGAAGCACAAUUUGGGUUCUGUGUGUAUCACUCUAUUUGGAAUGUAACACAACUAUCUGAGAUUCAUCUGGAGCCAGCUUCCAGCAUUGACGUGAAUUCUAUUAAUGGGUGUAAUAUUAAUAAGAAGAUAAAAGUGUAUUAGAAUAAUUUACCCUGUUAAUCCACAACAUUUCGAAACACCAUCAGAGUCGGUGUAACAAUUUACGUAUCAGAUGAUCAGUGCGUGUUUUUCACAGUAUUUUACGGAAUUUGUGAGCUAGUAGGACACUGUAAUGAUGGACAGCGUACAAUACAAAAAACUUCAGAAUGACCAUGUAUCAAAUCUUAAUGGAACAACUCGUUUUGAAACCAUAUUACAAGUGGCACCUAUCCCAUUCUCAACAUUACUUUCGUUGUUAGCGGUACCGCUAUUGGUGUCCGUCAGAUGCGGAAGCCGCACAGCGUAUUUUGUUAAGUUUUCUGCCGAAUUUUGUAUAUUAGUUUUGCCUAUUACCUUAACACUGACAGUCCUUAAUGAUGUGUUACAUUUGGUUAUUAUUUUCUUAAUAUUGCUGGUGUCAUUAGCAACAUAUACACAUACAAGAAACUGUCAUCGCACAGAUUAUUUUAAAUAUUUACAAGAACUUUGGGUAUCGAAAAUUUCUUCUAAGAAUGUGCCCUUUGUAACCAUGUUCAGAGCAAUAACGAACCUGGUAACUGUGCUGUGUAUAUUAGCCGUGGAUUUCACAAUUUUUCCACGAAAGUUUGCAAAAACGGAAUAUUUUGGCUAUUCGGUAAUGGAUGUAGGUGUAGGUUUGUUCUGCAUUUCAAAUGCAAUUGUUUCUCCUGAAGUUAGACAUGCAAAUAAUCUGACAUAUAAUUCCUCAAAAUAUAUUUUAAAGAGUGUAAUUAGCUGUCUACCACUAUUUGUCCUUGGGAUAGCAAGGUUUUUCACAUUGAAAAACAUUGAAUAUCAGAUACAUGUUACAGAAUAUGGUGUUCACUGGAAUUUUUUUCUAACCCUUGCUUUUGUGAAGAUCUUUUCAUCUGUGAUACUAUAUUUAAUCGGCUUUGAAUAUGUAGGGUUAUUGUCAGUAUUAGUGUCAUUUUUUCAUCAGUGUUUUCUGAAUGCUGGCAUUCAAGAGUUGGUACUCUCCCACAACAACACACGAUCCAGUUUUUUGACUGCUAACUGUGAAGGACUUGCUUCACUUGCAGGUUACCUAGCUAUUUAUUUUGCCGGAAUGUAUAUUGGUGGAAUUAUCAGAGAUACAGGGAGGCUUUUCUGUGACUAUGUGCAUUUAACAUUAAAACUUGCACUUGGAAUUGUGAUUAUGUGGGCAAGUACAAUUUUGGCAGAGUACUAUUUUGGGGUAUCACGCAGACUUGCCAAUACUGGCUAUGUAAUUUGGGUUCUGUGUGUAUCACUCAUAUUCUUCGAAAUGUUUUUGUUUUGCUCUCUUGCAGUUCAUUCUAUAAAAAUGUAUGCAACUAAAAUGACAAGACAGUUGGAAAUUAAUUAUGUACCAAUGCUGUAUGAGGCUGUGAAUUUUAAUGGCUUGGCAUGUUUCCUGUUCGCAAAUAUUCUUACUGGUGUAGUAAAUUUAUGCUUCUACACACUAACCUGUUCAAAAUUUUCUAGUAUUAUCACUGUCAUAUUGUACAUGGGCACUGUAUGUUUAAGUAUUGCAGCACUCUACUGGAAGAAAAUAAAGCUUAAGUUUUGGUGAAAAUUGUUUUGGUUUGAAACAUGAUCUUAUGAAUCAUGUGAAAUGUAGACGAUGUUAUAGCAUUAA